AUGGCUUCAUCAUCUGAAACUAAAAAGGUGAAAGGGCCUGAAAAGGUUUAUGUAAGGGACGAGGACUCUGAUGAUGAUCUCAUAGAUUUCUCUUUCCUGGAUUUUGCACCAGAGACCUUUAAACCAACCUCAAACCUGUCUGAUGACCCAUUCCUUAACAUAUUAUGUGAUGAAAAUAUGUUAAGGAGGACUCUUGAUAGAAUGGGAGAUGAUGAUCAGGAAGCUGGUGUUAAGGAUCCAGAACAUAAUCAUAUUGAUGAACAAAAUGACGGUGAAGUGGGUGUAGAGUACAGGGUUCAUGAUCCAGACAUCCAUUGGAAACAAAUGAAGCUUGUAUUGGGAGAGUGUUACGAGUCCCAUUCUCAACUCAAGUUUGCAUUAACUAACUAUGCAGUAGCUAAUGGAUAUUAG